GUACCCUCAUUUCAAAAUCAUAAACGAAAUUUCCAUGGCAAUAUAUAACGUUUAAACUUCAAUCCAGGCAAAGAGAGAGAGAGAAUCACAUGUAAGAAGGCCUUUCUCCACCGUUACACCCUCUCUCUCAGUUUCUUUAGCUUUCUUUUUUAAACUCCCUCUAUUUAUAUAAACCUUUCAAUAAUCUAAGAGCAAAAUUUCUGUGCUGGGUUUCGAAUUUGGUGAUCUGGGUUUUUGUUCUUUCUGUGCUAGAGACAGAGAGAGGGGUGGGGGAGAGUGAUGGAAGAAGGGAGAUUUCUGCAGUGGGGUGUUUUCAGAUCUCUUCUUGCGAUUCUCCAAUGGUGGGGUUUUAAUGUUACUGUUAUAAUCAUGAACAAAUGGAUCUUUCAGAAAUUGGAUUUCAAGUUUCCUCUUUCAGUAUCAUGCGUUCACUUCAUAUGCUCCUCGAUCGGAGCAUAUCUGGUAAUCAAAGUGCUAAAGCUCAAACCUCUAAUAGCGGUUGAUCCUGAAGAUCGCUGGAAACGGAUAUUUCCUAUGUCUUUCGUGUUCUGUAUCAACAUAGUGUUGGGAAAUGUUAGCUUACGCUAUAUCCCGGUUUCUUUCAUGCAGACUAUCAAAUCAUUCACUCCUGCAACCACCGUUUUUCUGCAGUGUCUAGUUUGGAGAAAGUACUUUGACAGGCGAAUUUGGGCCUCUUUGGUUCCUAUUGUCGGAGGAAUUCUGCUAACAUCUGUUACAGAACUUAGUUUUAACAUGCUUGGGUUUUGUGCUGCCUUAUUUGGAUGUUUAGCUACUUCUACAAAGACUAUCCUUGCUGAAUCUCUACUGCACGGAUACAAGUUCGACAGCAUAAACACGGUUUACUACAUGGCACCUUUUGCAACCAUGAUCUUGGGAGUACCAGCACUGUUACUCGAAGGAAAUGGGGUAAUGGAUUGGUUUCAUGCUCACCCUGCCCCGUGGGCAGCCCUCAUCAUUAUUUUCAGCUCAGGAGUGCUGGCUUUCUGUCUUAACUUCUCCAUUUUUUAUGUGAUUCACUCAACUACUGCUGUCACGUUUAAUGUCGCCGGAAACCUCAAGGUAGCAGUUGCCGUGUUGAUUUCAUGGCUGAUAUUCCGGAACCCUAUCUCGGGUCUUAAUGCUGUUGGCUGUGGUAUCACACUGUUGGGAUGUACAUUUUACGGAUACGUGCGACAUAUGCUCUCUCAACAGACUCCAGGAACACCCCGGACACCUCGGACACCUAGGAAGAAGAUGGAACUACUUCCCCUUGUAAAUAAUGAAAAGUUAGAUGAUAAGGUUUGAUUAUGUAUGUUAUGACAUGGGGUUGUUGGGUUUUGGAGAAAGGGAUAAAAAAAAUUAUGGCAUAGUUUGCAGAGGAUGCUCUGAGUCACCAUGUGAGGAUUUACAUUAGAUUCUGAUUUCUAUAGUUGGAAAAUUUUUAACAUAGUUUUCAUCUCAAUGAACUGAAAAUAGUUUUCAUCUCAAUGAACUGAAAAUCAUUAAGUUUCA